AUGAGCACAAGUAUCGCUUUUCCCACUAAAGCAGACUCCGAAAUAAUAAUCCCUGAUGAAUGCAAAGGGCAGCGUUUAUGCGGUACUAAGCCCGAAGGUUACGAACAUCUCGAAAAGAAAAUUAAUGGCUCGCUACCAGAUCUACCUGCAAAGGAUCAUGAUGAUAAAGAAGUGGGAACCGGCGUACAAAAACAAAGAAGAUCGAUCGACGUUGGAAAACAAAACUGCUUUGACGAAGUUAAGCAAGAUCUACUUUACAAUUACAUGGCUAAAGAUUCCGUGGAUUCGAUGGAUAGCAAUUUUGAACUCAUAGCCACAUGUCCAGAGUUAAGGCGAUUCAUUCAAAUUGUUAAAUGUGGUCAGCUGCAAUCACCCUUAAGUAAUGACAGUAAUGAGCAAUGCUUCCAGAAUUUACUGAUACAAGCUUUCGAUUUGAAAUCCUCCUGUGAAACAAUUAUAGCAAGACGUACUCUAAACUUUUACAAUGAAGAUAAAACAAAAAUGUAUAGCAGAGUUUUUCAUAUACCUGUCGCUUGCAGUUGUGAGACGAGGGCGGGUCAAAUGAGACCUGAGGUGGUGGCGCGGCUGCGACCCGAGAAUAUAUAA